AUUCGCAAUCCAGCAGUUGUCGCGAUCGGAAGCAAAUCGGAAAAUCUCCAUUGGAUUCCUAGAACACGCAGCCGAAAAAUUUGCUGGUUGUGUUGCCGCGACGUCGACGCCUUUCAAUUGGAUUCAGGGUUUAAUUUAUUGAAAUGUUGCCCUUUCGCUUGGGCCUGCUACUUGGCGCCGUGCUAUUCGUGGCAAGCGCAAAUGGAGCUGCCAUCGAAAAUGAGGUUUCUAGUCUGAACGACUUGCAGCGGGAAAAGAGAAGCGGCAGAGGCUAUUCGAGGGGACAAACCCAGUCUCAGUACUUAAAUUUCGGUAAGCCUGAGGAGGAUGGAAAGGCUGAGGCAGAGGCUACCGAAAAUGGAUCUCGCUCCACUGUGUCUGGCACCCAUGGAAUGGGUCAGGCUCAGAGCCAGUUCUCAUCAGGGGACUGCAAUGGAUGUUCUGGCUACCAAACGGAUUACCCUUCUUCAGGCAGAAUUCUUGAUGCUAGUGGAUCCGGAGGCAUCGGUAGACCCGAUUCCAUUAUAAGCUUACCCGGAGGUGUUGGCGGACAAACCGGAGCUGGACAAGCCGGAUACGGAAGCCAACUUGGAGUUGGCGCUCAGGCCGGUGCCGGACAACCCGGAUACGGUGACCAACCUGGAGUUGGCACUCAACCUGGAGUCGGACAGCCCGGAUACGGAAGCCAACCUGGUAUUGGCGGACAGACUGGAGCCGGACAGCCCGGAUACGGAAGCCAACCUGGUAUUGGCGGACAGACUGGAGCCGGACAGCCCGGAUAUGGAAGCCAACCUGUGGUUGGAGCUCAGACCGGAACCGGACAACCCGGAUACGGUGCUCAACCUGGAGUUGGCACUCAGACUGGAGCCGGACAGCCCGGAUACGGAAGCCAACCUGGUAUUGGCGGACAGACUGGAGCCAGACAGCCCGGAUAUGUAACCCAACCUGGAGUUGGAGCUCAGACCGGAAUCGGACAACCCGGAUACGGUGCCCAACCAGGUAUUCUUGGACAGACUGGAGCCGGACAGCCCGGAUACGGCAGCCAGCCUGGUAUUGGCGGACAGACUGGAGCCGGACAGCCCGGAUAUGGAACCCAACCUGGAGUUGGAGCUCAGACCGGAACCGGACAACCCGGAUACGGUGCCCAACCUGGAGUUGGCACUCAGACUGGAGCCGGACAGCCCGGAUACGGCAGCCAGCCUGGUAUUGGCGGACAGACUGGAGCCGGACAGCCCGGAUAUGGAACCCAACCUGGAGUUGGAGCUCAGACCGGAGCCGGACAACCCGGAUACGGUGCCCAACCUGGUGUUGGCGCUCAGACUGGAGCCGGACAGCCCGGAUACGGAAGCCAACCUGGUAUUGGCGGACAGACUGGAGCCGGACAGCCCGGAUACGGAAGCCAACCUGGUAUUGGCGGACAAACUGGAGCCAGACAGCCCGGAUAUGGAAGCCAACCUGGGGUUGGAGCUCAGACCGGAGCCGGACAACCCGGAUACGGUGCCCAACCUGGUGUUGGCGCUCAGACUGGAGCCGGACAGCCCGGAUACGGAAGCCAACCUGGUAUUGGCGGACAGACUGGAGCCGGACAGCCCGGAUAUGGAAGCCAACCUGGGGUUGGAGCUCAGACCGGAGCCGGACAACCCGGAUACGGUGCCCAACCUGGAGUUGGCGCUCAGACUGGAGCCGGACAGCCCGGAUACGGCAGCCAGCCUGGUAUUGGCGGACAGACUGGAGCCGGACAGCCCGGAUAUGGAACCCAACCUGGAGUUGGAGCUCAGACCGGAACCGGACAACCCGGAUACGGUGCCCAACCUGGAGUUGGCACUCAGACUGGAGCCGGACAGCCCGGAUACGGAAGCCAACCUGGUAUUGGCGGACAGACUGGAGCCGGACAGCCCGGAUAUGGAACCCAACCUGGAGUUGGAGCUCAGACCGGAACCGGACAACCCGGAUACGGUGCCCAACCUGGAGUUGGCACUCAGACUGGAGCCGGACAGCCCGGAUACGGAAGCCAACCCGGAUAUGGAACCCAACCUGGAGUUGGAGCUCAGACCGGAACCGGACAACCCGGAUACGGUGCCCAACCUGGAGUUGGCGGACAGACUGGAGCCGGACAGCCCGGAUAUGGAACCCAACCUGGUAUUGGUGGACAGACUGGAGCCGGACAGCCCGGAUACGGCAGCCAGCCUGGUAUUGGCGGACAGACCGGUGGCGGACAACCCGGAUACGGAAGCCAAAUUGGCGGACAGACUGGAGCUGGACAGCCCAGCUAUGGAAGCCAACCUGGAGUUGGAGCUCAGAAUGGAGCCGGACAACCCGGAUACGGUACCCAACCUGUUAUUGGUGGACAGACUGGAGCCGGACAACCUGGAUAUGGAGGUCAAACUGGAGUCGGUGGAUCGCCUGGAUUUUUAACUCAGCCAGGUAUUGGGGGUAUAAGCGGACCGAUUGGAGGGAAACUCGGUGGCGGACAAUCAGAAGCCGCAAAACCUGGAUAUUGGGCUCAACCUGGAAUUGGCGGACCAUCCAGAUACGGCAGUCAACCUGGAAUUGGUGAUCAGACCGGAACCGGACAGUCAGGAUACGGCGGGCAGCCUGGAAUUAGCGGACAGACCGGAGGCGGACAACCAGGAUACGGAGGACAGGCUACAAUAAGCGGACUCCCUGGGUAUGGCACUCAGCCAGGAAUUGGAGCACUAACCGCUGUUCCUGGCGGACAUUAUGGAUACGAAACUCAGCCUGGAAUUGGUGGACAGACCGGAACCAACCAACCCGGAUUCGGUGGUCAACCUGGAAUUGGCGGACAGACUGGAGCCGGCCAACCUGGAUAUGGAUUUAUAGGUCAGCCUGGUAUUGGAGGGCAAACAGGAACUAGUGGAAGGCAACCCGGUUACGGAACCCAACCAGGAAUUGGCGGACAGACUGCAGCCGGACAGCCCGGAUAUGGAAGCCAAACCGGAGUUGGCGGACAGAUCGGAGCCGGACAGCCCGGAUAUGGAAGCCAACCUGGAAUUGGCGGACAGACUGGAGCCGGACAACCCGGAUACGGUGCCCAACCAGGUUUUGGAGGACAACCCGGAUACGGAAACCAACCUGGAGUUGGCGGACAGACUGGUGCCGGACAGCCCGGAUAUGGAAGCCAACCUGGAAUUGGCGGACAGACCGGAGCCGGACAACCCGGAUACGGUGCCCAACCAGGUUUUGGAGGACAACUCGGAUACGGAAACCAACCUGGAGUUGGCGGACAGACUGGAGCCGGACAGCCCGGAUAUGGAAGCCAACCUGGAGUUGGCGGACAGACUGGAGCUGGACAACCCGGAUACGGUGUCAUACCUGGAUUUGGAGGACAACCUGGAAUAGGCGGACAGACCGCCGCUGGAAAGCCCGGAUACGGUGGUCAACCUGGAAUUGGUGGAUCACCUGUGUAUGGAACACAGCAAGGAACUGGAGGUCAAUCAGGAAUUAGCGGUGGCCAACCCGGGUACGGAACUCAACCUGGACAAACCGGAGCCGGGCAACCCGGAUACGGAAGCUUACCUGGAACAGGUGGUCAGGCCACAGCUGGCCAACCCGGAUACGGACCCGGAUCUCAACCCGGAAUUGGCGGACAGACAGUUGGUGGGCACGGUGGAUACGGUAGCCAACCCGGAAUCGGUGGAGCGCCAGUUUAUGGAACACAGCCAGGAGGUGGCGGCCAAACUGGAGUCAUUGGAGGGCAGCCCGGACAGAUCGGAGACAGAGUAGGACAACCAGGAUACGGAACCCAGACAGGACAAAUUGGGGCACCAGGUCGAUAUACAGAUGGAAGUCAAACUGUACCUGGUGCUGUUGGCACCGGUGGAGUUGUUGCUGCCGGUACCAGCGGAGCUGACGAUGCCUUCUCCCAAGCCGAGUCAUCAAUUGGCGACGGACAAGCGUCGGCAAGUGCUCAGGGCAAGAAGAAUGGAGGCACGGCCAAGACUCAGGUGUCGGGAACUUACAGCUCCGGCGGAACCUUUAGCGCCAGUGCAAUGACGUCCGAUGCUGAUCGUGCGGCCAGUGCACAGGUUACCGGAAAUGCUGAUGGAGCCGUGAGUCAGUCUCAGGGAUCGGGAGGUCCUGCCCAGUCGCAGGCCCAGGUACAGGUUGCCAAGGACGGCGGCACCAAGGCCUCGUCGCAGAGCGGUGGCAUCAUCCAACAGAGCCAGAGCGAGGUUCACGCCAAUGACAAGGGCGGCCUGGCGGACGCCCAAUCGAGCGGACCCGGACAAACCUCCUCCCAGGCCCAGAUCGGUUUCCGACCCGGCCAGGAGGCCAAUCCUAUAGCAGCUAAUGGUGGCGGCCAGGCAUCGUCCUCAUCUGGCACUCAUUCCAGUCAGAGUAGCUCGCAGAUUCACGGAACAUCGAGCUUUGGUGUUUCUUACCAUGGUGCUGCACAAUCCGCGUCGGGAACCAAAGAGCAGGUUGCUACUUACAGGGAAGCAAACAGGGAACUCUUCAAUACCAUCAGUCAGUUUGGCAACAACGCAAAUGCUGUUACUGAUCGAGCUGAUGCUGUCUACAGUGGACCCGCGCUUACUGAUGAGUCCGACAGGGUGCCAGAGGCGCAACUGAAGUCCACCAAGCCCAAGGAGGAAGCGGAGCAGGUAGUGAGUAAGCUAGACCACCCGGAGCCCGUUCAGUACGAUGAUGAAGAUGAGGCCGAUCCUGAUGAAUACGAUGAGGAUGAGUACUAUGAGGAGAAGCCAGUGAAGCUAGAGGAAUCCCCAAAGUCGUCCACCAUAGUGGCACCAACCGAGGCAACACCUAGGCCCAAGACCUACAACCAGUCAUCACCCACGCAAAGCCAACAGACAGUCGUGGUGCCGGUGCCGGGUGAAAAGUAUCAGGUGGUGCAAAAGCAGAACGGUAAAGCCACCAUCAAUGCAGAGCCCUCGACCACCGAGGCCAUACCACCGGGAUUCCGAGGAACCGUAAAUGUGGAAAAGAAGUUCCACACCAAGGCCCUGGAGCUGCACGCUCCCAAAGGAGUAGAGAUCACACCCGACACCAGCGACGAGGGUCCGGUCCGGGGUGACAAGCCGCUACGGCGUGCUCCUGAUAGCUACGUCACCGUCACCAAGUCAGUGACAGGCAGCAUGGACAACACAAAGAACCCACCGCAGGAGAACAAGAACUUCCAGUCGACCUAUUACACCAAGUCCUCGACCUGCGGCUAUUUCACCUUCUCUUGCAACAUUGUCUACGGCGCCAAUGGAAGGAGCAAGAUCUGCCGUCCCAAGGCGCCCACCAAUGGAAAAUGCUAGGGGAGCAUAAUACACAUCCCUCUAACCACACCACCACACCCAUAUUAUAGUAGAUCAGUUCCAGAGGGGCUCAAUUUUAGAACAGCUUAACCAACUGCCAUCUACAAACCACCUAUUUGUAUUUUGAUGCAGCUUGCUCUUGAGCACUUAAGUGUUUUUUCGCAUACAAUUAAACGGUUUCACUGCCAAUUCUUGAAUAUUUUGUACGAUUUGCAACUGUAAUUAAUAUUUAAUAACAAAACACAAUAUG